AUGGUUAGCCACAAGAAGCGGCCAACCAAUGAAGAUGAUGAACCUUCUGUAAAACGUCACCGGGACGUAGAGCAGGUGGCUGCAGUGGUUGUGCAGGAAGAGGAGAAGGAGCCCGUGUCAGAAGCAUUCCAACCAAUACCACUUCUGGAAUCGAAUGAUCUUGCUUCUGACAUGGAGAAUGAUGGUCGUGAACCGGUAGCUCAACAUCAAAAAGAGCCGGACGAAGGAGUUCGUUUUGGAAAUGUGCAUCAAGUCGAAGAUUCCUAUGAAAUGGUUCCAAGAAAUGUUGAUCAAGUGGAAGACUCAGAAAUCGAACAAGACCGUUUCUCCGAUUAUGCUGAGUCGGAAUCUGACUCCGAUGAUGAAAUGGAACCAGAAUUGGAAGAAGAGAACGAAGUGCUGGAUUUAACUGCUCCCGUGGACAACCGCGCCAGUUUUUACUAUGACGAUCAUCGCUGCAAUGUGUGGCCCCCGUUGUACGAAAUCAUCCGGCAUCUCAAACGUACUGAAAAUAUGCAGGAGGAAUUAUUGGUCAAUCAAUUCAAGUUCAAACCCGAUUUCAUGGAACUAUACGAGACUUCAAUUGACUACUUGAUUGGAAUGAAUAAACCAGCUGAACCAAACACUGAGGAAGAAACACAAAACUUUAAAAAAUAUUGGUACAAACGAGAAAAGCUAAUUCUUUAUUUUGCCAAAAAGUUUCACAUGCACAGCGAAACUCGUCCAGGAUGUGAACAUCACUAUGGAUACCUGUUCCCAGCAAAAUUCAGCUACAAUAUGAUUGAAUACUUGAUAACCAAUGUUCCACAAUUAGGCUACCGUGUGCCAUUCAGAACUUCUAUUGGAGAUGUCGAUUAUCCAGAGUUCCACGAAAUCCGAGAUAAUAUUCGAGUUAUGAUGGACGGCUGUAUCAUGUCUGAUCGCAGAGAAAAUGCUCGUAAUACCAUGGUUGGAAUGGUUAAGAAAUGUGGAAAAAUGGACGAAGAAAAUCUCGAUGCCCUCGACUCAAUCAUCAACGAAAUGAACUUUUUGUUCUCUACCAAUUUCGAGUUUUACAUCAUCAACAAAGCAGUGCUAUAUCAAAAGAAACAUCGAGCAUAUGCAGUUCCUUUUGAGUCAUUCAACCGCAAAAUUCGUUUCCGUGACUCGAGAUAUCAAGCUUUCUUGAAAUCCAGAAAUAAUGAAAACUUGGUUCAUUUGCCCAUACAACAAAAUCAGUUCGAACUUCCCAAGAACAUUGAAAUCGUUGAAGUGAUGGAUGACGGUGUCGACGAAACCCAUGCAAGAUUCCAAGCCCGUCACGGAGCCCGACUAGCCUGGAAUUGA